AUGACUGCGGAGAGCACGGAAUCGAACGGGCCCAUGCGGGAACUGGAGCAGGGGGGAGCCAAGGUGCCGCCGCCCCCCGUCCCCCCGCGGCACCGGGGCCGCCGCCUGCGCCGCAAGCCCCCGACGGAGCCCCCUCUGAAGGGGCAGCUGCGCAUGCGCUCGCCAGCGGGAGCCUUCGUCAUGGUGGGCAUCUUGGUGGUCCUGGUGGGCAUGACCGUUGCCGUGGUGGGCUACUGGCCUCACCGGGGACCUGGGGGCACCGGGGCCACUGCAGGGAACACCAGUGCGGCGGGGGACAUGAGGAGGGAAGUAGCGGCCGGACGCCACGUGCCCCACAGCGAGAAGCUGAAGCUGAUCGGCCCCGUCAUCAUGGGCAUUGGGCUCUUCAUCUUCAUCUGUGCCAACACGAUGCUGUACGAGAACAGGGACAUGGAGACCCGGCGGCUGAUCCAGAAGGGGCUCUACGGCAUGGCAGUGGGGCUGCCCGAGGGGACCGGCCCCAAGGACGGGCACUGCCAGCAUGGGGACAGCCAGCCCUUCCCCAAGGCCAACGCUGAGUGUGUGGAGGGCUGUUACCAGGUGGACCUGUCCUGUCAGCCUGGCCCCGGCAGCAAGUGGUCUGACUGCUACGGCCCUAACCGGCUGCAGACCGUGGCCGAGUUCCUGCAGCACCCAGCAGCUUCCCCCGCGGCCUCUCUGCACAGCCUCCGCUCCACCGAGGUCAACCUGAGCCUCCCGUGCCGCGCUGGAGCCGAGUCCCUCCUGUCCUCGGCCGUGGGGGCCUUGGCACUGCCCAUCAUCAAGCUCAACAACUGCUUGCUGGAUGGAGCAACGCGGGGUGCCGGAGGGAGGGCAGAGAGGGGCCUUGCUGAGCAUCCCCCCAAAGUACCACAGCUCUCCCCGGCUCUGCUUUCCAUCGGCGCCAGCAGCGCGGCCUGUGGCCAGGGUGGCGGUGGUGCUGAUGGCCACGUUGUUAUCAGCAUGGACCAUGACAGCAGUCCCGGUGCAGAGCCGCUGGUGGAGCUCGGCCCCAACGUGCACCUCCACACCCCGGGACACUCCAAAUCCCUGGACCUUGGCCAGCCAGGAGUGCUUCUGGUGGCCCCCAUCAAGGAUCGUAAGAACCGGAGCUGGCCCCGACUGGACCACGUCAGCCUUGUGGGCUACGCCAAACUGGAAAGUACCGGCGAGUCCUCGGACCGGCUGCUGGAGCCCAGCGAGCCCCCAAGCCGGGGCGAGCCCCAGCCCAGCUCCUGGGUGGUGGGGAUGGAGCAUGGCACACGGGUCUGAUGUCCCUUUGGGGACUGUAACGUCCCAGCCUGUUAUCCUGGCCCCCAGUGCCCACCAGCCACCCCAAAACCCCACAUCAGGAGGGGUUUGGGGGCACCAUUUUUAAGCCAAUGCCAAGAGGAAGGUCGUGACCCUCCGCUCCCGGGGGAGGACUCGCCUAGGGGUGGGAUGUCCUUCCCAGUGGAUGCCCUUGGCCUUACAAGCCCUUCUCCUGGUGGCUUUUCCAGAGGAGUCCUCGCUUUGAGACCCCACACAAAUCGUGGGAUGGGGACAUGCAGGCAGGUGAAGCCCCACCAGUCCCCACAGCACUUUAUUUCAGCAGGGUUGGGGUGGGGAGAUGCUUUGGGGGGUGGUGUCCCCUCGUCCAGCCUCAACCCACCAGAAAAUUUGCUUGGCCAGAGCACGUAGGCCCAACAGGGCUAUUAAAUAUUAUCUGGAUGCCAUCUGGUCCUGCCUUGACUCCUCCUAAUGCCUGUGGGAUGCUUGGGAGGGGCAGCACUUGUGGCACUCACAUCAGGUUCUGAGGCUCCUUGGUAAUUUUGGGUUUACAGGACACUGAGGUUUUGUAGUUGGAAGCAAACUGUCCAGGGUCAGGGUAGAAGAGGUGAUGGCUGUGUCUGCAGCAAUGCUAAUUCAGAGCUUUUAGCAUAACAUGCCACGUGCCACCCUUCUCUUUCUGCCUGUGAGGGAAACUGAGGCACAGGCAGGUACCACAGCCGGCCCCUGGGCUGCCCCUGCCCCCAGGAAAGCUCUUCCCAGCCACUUUCCAGUCUCCCUUACUGGAGGGUCAUCUGGCUCUUGUUUCUGUCAGGCCUGCAGCCAAGAUGCCCUGUCAGCUUUUCGUGCCUUAUUUCUGUCCCUCCUGAAGCUGCUGCAGCCAGAAAAAAAUGAGACAGGACCAAAAUACCGAUGGAUUUGUCAUUUCCCCCCACU